UCACAAUGUUUUACCAAAUUCACAGGAAGUUUCCACACAGAGAACGGGCCGGAGAGUCUCUAUAAUCUGUAACGAUGGAAAGAGGAAGACUGACAGAGACAGACGGAUGAAGAGUGUCGUCUAGACAUGCUGGGACUGAUGAUUCUCUGCUCGCUGCUCACAGGCACCAGUGGACACACAUUUCUCAAUGUGUUCAUCAGUGAUGGUGAGAGCGUCCGUCUGUCCUGUGUCAGUGCUUCUACCGACUGCACAUCAACUAGAUGGAUAUAUGACAGAGAAAGAAGUUCAGGGGCAGUUGAGUUAUUUAUAGAAGGGAUGAAGAAUAAUGAUAUAGAGAGACAUGAGAGACUGAGUCUGGGGUCUGACUGCUCUCUGAACAUCUAUAAAGCCACAACUGAAGAUCAUGGACAUUACACCUGCAGACAAUAUGUGAAUACACAGGAAUACACUGAUGACGUUGUUAAUCUGAAUGUUCUUCAUGUCUCUCCAUCAUCCUCACAGACUGAGAUUAGACCUGGACGCUCGUUCUCUCUCUCCUGUCAGUUGUAUGUCUAUGAUGGGUAUAGUUGUGUUAAUCUCUUCCAUAAUGAGGGAAUUAAUCUGGUGUGGAAGAAUAAGUCUGAUGUGGAUCUGCAGUCCGACUCCAGAUAUCAGAUCUCAUUCUCUCGUGAACACUGUAACAGUUCUCUGACUACAACACUCCUCGAUGAAGACGACAACACACAGUGGAGAUGUGAGAUUACUAAAGGAGAUAAAGUCCAGACCUCAGUCAGAUAUACUGUCACGUACUCGGCAACACAAACCACAACACAAGUGAGUCCUGCUGUAGCGGCUCUUCUGGGUCUUCCGGCUCUUAUUGCGCUUUGGUUCAUCUGUAAGAAAAGAGCCGAUAAGGCAGAUUUGACCCCGGUGACCCCUCCAGCUGCUGAUGUCCAUGAGAACACCGAUGAUGUGGCGUAUGCUGAGGUCAUCAUUUCCAGGAACAAGUGUCCUGAAAGACCCAAUGUUCAGUCUGAUGAUCACGUGACAUACGCUGCCAUCGGAGGAGCAAACGCUGGAGGUCAGGAGGAAGUGCGGCGGUUCUGCUGAAACCCGUGGGAUCCAGAAUCUGCUCAAAUUAUUAACAACGAAUAAGUUAUACAAUGCUUUUGAGACGUGAAUUAUGACCCGAUUUCCAGAAAAGUUAGGGGACAUUUUAUAAUGCAAUAACAUCUAUAUUCUAUAAUCUUUUCAAUUUUAUUUUGCUUCUGUCCCAAUAGGAGUGUGUGGCAGCCAUCAUGUUUAUAUUUACAAAAUACACUCAAGUUGGUCAGCGGAAACAGUGGAAAUAUAUUCUGCACAUUUUCCAUUUAACUUCUGGAAAUGGGGUUGUAAAAGAAGACUUCAACAUGUAACUGCAAUAUGUAUGAUCUGUUUCAUUGUGUCUCUCUGUGAGCUAGUUUCCUUUGAUAAUUGUAUGCAGUUCACCUGGUGUUCAUUAAUUAGUUUAUUAGUUCCCUCUGUGUAUUUAUACCGCAUUCACCCUCAUUCUCGUCAACAAGAUUGUCAUUGUGUGUUUUACACAACCAGAUUGUGACAGUAACCAAGUAAUUUCCAGUAUUUAUAUUUACAAAUAUUGUAUAGUUGGUCAUGAAUAUGUUGAAUUUAUAAUGCAAUUUUGACUUUCAGACAGAUGUUAAUAAAAAAUAAACAUAAAUAAACACAGGUUCAGUCAGUUACACCAGUAAAGGAAGUUUAGGGCGUCAUCACAGUCGCAGUUAAAAUCCUCAUAUACACACUUUAUAUUUACUUUAACUAACUAUUUUUCUACCUUAUUGGAGUGAAGAAAAAAAGUAGCUCAGCUUUGAAUCAUUCAUAACAAUUGCAUAUUAACGAAUUUAAUAAUUAAUGGCCAAACGCAGGUUUUUACUAUUGUGCAAUUCCAACGCUAUCUCACGAGCAAUUCGUACGAGUGAUCAAAAGGUGGCUAAUUCGCACGAACUUGUACGACGUCACUCAUACGAAUUCGUACGAUUGUCUAUACCCUCAUGAUGAAUAGGUUUAGGGGCGGGGUCAGGGGUAGGUAAUUUGUAAAAAUUAAUACGAAUUUGGUAACUCGUUAAAUAUGUACGAAUUAGCACCUCGUAAAAUUCAAAAUUGCUGUGAGAUCAAGUUGGCAAUUCAUAUUUUUACAGAUGAAAUACAACGUGGAUAACGAGUUACACUAAAGAUAAGUGAUGACGAGAUGAAACCUGUAACUUCUUGCAAAAGAAUAUGGUUUGCACUAUUCUAACCGUGUGAACACUGGAUUCAUGAAAGUGAACACUUUCGUACUGUGAUUGGAAGAAGCACGAGUGUGUGAAGUAUGGCAGAGAUAGACUGGGGCAUCAGUGUACUUAGAUGUGUCCAGACACUAUACACUAUCACAGUUCAUGAAUUCACCGACUCUUUCUCGUGCUGCGUUUGUGUGUGUAUGAGCUGUUGUGGGAACUUUAAUCAUUAGUGAAGAUUACUAGGUAGUCUGAGCCGUGUGUUUCCAUUGAACCGAUUCCAUGAGUGAAAUAUAGAUGUGUACGUGGUUGUGGGUGACGUUUCAGGAACAUAUGGGACAGGACCUCUGACCUCAGGGACAGCCAGUUUUGGCCAGUACCAGUUUGUGUCCUGAAGUAGAGACUAACAGCAGUAAGGGCCUUAUCUGGGUGGGUGAAAGGAAGAGGAACCUU